UCCAAGUUGGAUGGCAAUCAGCGUGAGAGCAACGGUGCAAGGUGGGGUCGAUCAGCGGAACAGCAACGGUCCUAGGUGGAGGCGGUCAACGGGACAGCAACGGUCCAAGGUGGAGGCGAUCAGCGGGACAGCAACGGUCCAAGGUGGAGGCAGUCAGUGGGACAGCGACGGUCCAAGGUGGAGGCGAUCAGCGGGACAGCAACGGUCCAAGGUGGAGGCGGUCAGCGGGACAGCGACGGUCCAAGCUGGAGGCGAUCAGCAGGACAGCAACGGUCCAAGGUGGAAACGUUCAGCGGGACAGCAAUGGUCCAAGGUGGAGUCGAUCAGCGGGACAGCAACGGUCCAAGGUAGAGGCGGUCAGCGGGACAGCAACGGUCCAAGUAGAGGUAAUAGGAUCACCGGAACAGCCGAUAACGAUUCGAUUCAAUUUCAACACCGCGAGCCUUGCUUCUGGGUAUGCAGACGAUUCUUUGAAUCGUCCCACCAGGGGUACCAAAUUAUGUGUAGGACGCUUCACCUGUGGUAAAAGGACCUGGUGAAUAUCUCCUGUCCUUCACACAAGAGGGGAACCAGCUUCUAUAGUGGUUGAUAUAAUUAGACUCUGAUAUUCUUUGUCGAGUCGAAGCAAGGUGUAAAUCGGUGUUGAAAUGAUUAAAAUACGUGUGAGAUAAUUAGUUUAUUUAACACAAACACUAAUAUUUACAAGUAUCGUACAAAAUAAUUAUUAUUGUUUUUACUACAACAAAAAAACAUACAUAAAUUUGCUAUGUGCAAUUGACAGUAAAGUGAACCGCGAUUUAAGAGUGAAACAUGUGAUUAGUAACAAGUGAGAGAAGAUUCGCGUGAAAAACCGUGUAAUGCGAUAGGAAAAUACGAGACGUGAAUACUUUCAGAGUUGAGCGAGAGACGCGACCGAUUAGCUCGGUAGUUGACGAAUAAGUGGUUGA